AAAUAAAAUAUGGGAGACUGGGGUUUCCUGUCAACCUUGCUGGACAAGGUCCAGUCCCACUCCACAAUCAUUGGGAAGCUCUGGAUGAGUGUCCUCUUCCUGUUCAGGAUCAUGGUUUUGGGUGCCGGUGCUGAGAGCGUCUGGGGGGACGAGCAGUCGGGUUUCAUCUGCAACACUCAGCAACCUGGUUGUGAGAACGUCUGCUACGACUGGACCUUCCCCAUCUCGCACAUUCGCUUCUGGGUCCUCCAGAUCAUCUUCGUCUCCACACCAACGCUGCUGUACCUGGGCCAUGCCAUGCACAUCAUCCACAAGGAGAACAAGCUGAGGGAGCAGCAGCGAUUGAGCCCUGGCGGGACCCGGCUGCUCAAAGUACCCAAAUACUCAGACGAAAAGGGAAAGGUGAAGAUCAAGGGGAACCUGCUCGGGAGCUACCUGACCCAGCUCGUGGUCAAGAUCAUCAUUGAGUCUGCCUUCAUAGUGGGCCAGUACUACCUGUACGGCUUCAUUAUGGUCCCCAUGUUCCCCUGCUCUAAGAAGCCCUGUCCCUUCACUGUGGAGUGCUACAUGUCCCGACCCACAGAGAAGACCAUCUUUAUUAUCUUCAUGCUGGCAGUUUCCUGCGUGUCUCUAUUUCUCAACGUCAUUGAGGUUUUGUAUCUGAUUUGUACCAGGGUCAAAUGUAGGUCCAGGCCUCGCACACACAAGAUCACUUCAGCAGAAAACCCUGCCAGCCUGUCAGCACCCAAGUGGACGACUACAGAGGAAGCACUCAAGCAGAACAAGAUUAACAUGGAGCUAGAGAGUGUUGGUGGAAGCCUGGACGGGGCCAAAGAGGAGAAAAGACUACUGAGUGAUCAUUAAAAACCACUGACCUGACCAUUUUAUUGUAUGAAAUGCUCCUUUCAGAAUUCUGCCUCACGUUUCCUUGUUCUAAAAGACUGAAGUGAAGUGUUCUUACAUUGUGGUGUACAAAUCAUGACAGAACAUUAAGGAAUGGGGUUAUUAUUUCAGCGCCACGUUGUUGGAAUUUUACAAUUACUUUGUAUUCUUUAACUGGAAAUCUAAUAAUGGAAAACGUGCAAUAUUGAUAAUGUAUUUAUGUUCUUCUAUACUCACUUGUUAAUCUAUGAAUGAGCAGAAUUUUGUCUACACCAAGUUAUUAAAUGUGUCCUUUAAGUAACUGCCGUGUUCAUUAGCUAGGAUUUAAAAUAAUUGACAAUGAUGCUGAUGAUUAUUGUGGCGAAGAGUCUGUUUAUAUGGUUUCUACUGUAUAUGAAGACAUUUUUGUAUGCUGUAUUGUUUUUAAUA